AGAGUCUUUGUAAAAAUGUGUGGUGAUAUAUCCAUUGCAACAGCGCAACCAUCAGAUAAAAAAGAAAUUCUAGACUUUCUUGUAAAGUACUUUCUUGUGGAUGAACCAAUGAAUCAGGCUGCGGGUAUAACUGCUUCAGACUUUCUUCCCAUUGCUAGUAUUAUAGCUACUCGUUGCCUUCGAACACCGUUCAGUACUGUAGCUCGUGAUAGUGGAACAAAUGAGGUAGUUGGGGUGGCGUUAAACUCAAUAUGGAAUCGUGGCGAGGAGGAAAACGAGUACUAUAACACGAAAACAAGGACGGAUGAACGUGCAAGGGCACAUGACAAAAUCAUGAAUGAGAUUCACUCUUCGUUCUGGAAACUUGCACCAAAUGAUAUUUCAACCGUUUUGCACAGUGAAAUCAGCAGCGUUUCUCCACAUUAUCGACGUCGCGGAAUCGCUUCUAACCUUUACAAGAAAAGCCUUGAAGAUACAGAGAGCAUAAAGAGUUUCAAUGUACAAGGUAUUGUGGCCGAGGCGAGCUCUACCGCAAAUCAACGAUUAUUAACCAAGCAGGGAUACGAGACAUUACGGGAAAUUAUCUACGGGGACUAUCGUGGUAGCAAUGGAGAAGUGCUGUUGCAACCUAAAGAUGGGUCAGAAUCAAUAGCUUUGAAAUUCAAACGGUUGCCUUUAUAGAUGCAAU